AUGGACUUUGAACUUCCUCUCACGCUUCUUGGUAUGCGACUUUUUUGAUAUAAUCACGGCAGCUCUGGUUCUGCCCCCACGAUCAGAUAAUCCGACUAUAUUUCAUCGCCCUCUUCCUCUCCCGUUACCUUCCGCUCAUUGAAGACGUCAUGGCUGAUGAGGAGCGCCGGACGAAGCGCUCCCGCUUCGAUCAAACGGAGCCUGAACCACGACGAUCCAGAUUUGACCGCCGUUCGCGAUCGCCCUCAGCGCGACAAUCUGAAUCUACUCGGACUAGAAGCCCUCUGAGCCGGGAACCGCGCAGUCCUGCCGCGGAGGACAAGAAGGAUCCCGCAGCAGCAGCAGCUGCGGCGGCCGCCAAAAUCAACGCGCAGUUGCAAGCAAAGAAGGGAAUUCAGCAUGUCGAUGUCCCUCCAAUCCGAUCUACCGCGAGCCCGGUCGGUCAAUCAGCCUCGCCGUCUGGCAGUCAGAGUGCGGGCAAGCUCAACGAUGAGAUCUAUAUUGCGGACGGAGAUUAUAUCAAGGAUAUCGAGGUCAACGAUCUGCGCAACCGCUAUACGCUGACAAAAGGCUCUACGCAGAAGAUGAUCAAGGAAGAAACUGGCGCCGAUGUCACCACCAGAGGCAGUUAUUACCCGGAUAAGAGCAUGGCCACAGCUGCCAACCCGCCGCUCUAUCUGCACGUCACGAGUACUAGCAAGGAAGGCUUGGAAAAAGCCGUUGCCAAGAUCGAGGAGCUUAUGAAACAGGAGUUGCCCAAUCUGGUCGAUGAACGACGCUUCCGCCGUCGAGAGCCAGAGAACUUUGAGCGUGACGAGUUUGGUCGACGCAAAUGGCCCGAAGAACGCAUUCCUAUCGACCUCGAGCCCAUCCCAGGAUUUAACCUUCGUGCACAGGUUGUUGGUCAGGGCGGCGCUUAUGUCAAGCAUAUCCAGCAGAAGACCCGUUGCAAGGUCCAGAUCAAGGGUCGUGGCUCGGGAUUCACUGAGGUCAGCACCGGUAGAGAAAGCGAUGAGCCCAUGUACCUGCACGUGGCAGGACCUGAUCCCAACGACGUUAAAGCGGCCAAGGAGCUUUGUGAGGAUCUAUUGGCCAAUGUGAGAGAACAGUAUCAGCGCUUCAAGGAGAACCCUCCUCAGCAUAGAUACGGUGGCUAUGAACAUCGCGGCGACCGUCACCACUCCUAUGGCGGCGGCUAUGGAGGAGGAUAUGGCAGCCAGUCGCACCAUGCUUCUCCGCCUGCUUCUGCCAGUCCGACGGGUGCUGCUGCCCCUGGCACGCCUGCCGCUCCUGGCGCUUCUAGUGCUGCCGACUACGCUGCUCAAUACGCCCAGUACUAUGGUGGUGCUGAUCCGUAUGCUGCCUACGGGGGAUACCAGAACUAUCUUGCCUAUUACCAGUACUACCAGCAGGCUGCUCAGCAACAGCAACAGCAAUCUCAAAGCCCACCACCCCCUCCUCCGUCUAGUGAAGCUCCUCCGCCACCUCCACCUCCUGGUGCUGGCUCGCCGCCCCCGCCUCCUGGGGGAAGUGGUUAUAAUGCCGUUCCGCCACCUCCUGGUUUGUAAACGAUCAGUCGAUCGUACUCGCCCAUAGAUCUGGAAAACUUGGAAAUCCAUUCCCCAGUACGUUAUCCGGUUCAUCACUAGGGUUAUAUGACAAGGUUAUCUUGGUACUUAAUGCCACCCACGUCUCGUACCACAGCCUUAUCUGAACGACUAUCUUGAAGUGCAAUUAAUCGACAGACCUUUUACGAGAUGCGUCUUUCAGGUAUAGCGCCUGGCGCAGGUGCCCGGUGUUCGAGCCGAUACUCGAGUCUGAUUUUGUAAUUUUUCCGCGCUUUCGUCGAUUUUAAUGGUACCCAAAAAUCCCUGUCUUUGUGUUUACUGAUAGUAAAGAAACAAAAACCUGCCU